AUGACCUCUAACCCAGCUAGCGUGGCCACCCAGUACAAGGCCAUUGUGGACAAACUUGGUGAUAUGGGGGUCUAUCUUGCUUACAAUGAUCUCCUCCUUCUUGUGCUUCACGACGCCAUCCCUCAGGGUUCCAAUCUUCGCCAAGAGUUUGACCAACGGAUCGACACGGAGUUUGACCUAAACGGAAGGCAGGUGAUCACUUUUGAGAAGACUUGGCGUAUCUUGAGUGAGGCCAUCUCCGGUGCUCCCCAACAAACUCGCCGCAUCUGUUUCUGCUGUCGUUCUCCCAACCACCUUAUCAGCCAAUUCACUGCUCCAGAUCCUUCUUCCCGCCCAGCGACCCAACAGCCGCUUGCCCAGGCACAGAGUGGGCACGUCCCUCCAGGUUUUCAGGCUUACUAUCCAAUCAUUUCUCCGACUGGUGCGGUCCCAAUGUACUACCCUCCCCGCCUCAACCAACACAACCCCAACUCUAGUCCAGUUUGGCGAGGCCGCAUGGAUUCCUACCGUCCCCAAUAUGGCCAGCAAUCCAACCGUCCGGCUGCCCGAGCUGCUGAACCUGCUGCAGUUCCCCCGGUCGACCUGUCUUUCAACAACCUCGAUGUUUCUGCAAACCCGGCUGGCGAUUCAAAUCCUCAAUAA